AUGCAGUUGAUAAAACAUCCAUUCUUUUUGUCAAUUGAAACAUAUUUCCACUCUUUUUUCUUUUCUUUUUUUAUAUUUUCCUCCUAUUUUUUUCAUGUUUUUGUUUUUCGUUUCUUUUUUUUUCAUUCUUUUUCUUUUCUUUGUCUGUUUUCCUUUGUUUUUUCCAUUGUUUUUAUGUUUUCCUUGUUUUCAUGUUUUCUUUUUUGUCUUUUGUUUUUUUUUUUUUGUCUUUUGUUUUUUCUUUUUUGUCUUUUGUUUUUUCUUUUUUGUCUUUUGUUUUUUCUUUUUUGUCUUUUGUUUUUUCUUUUUUGUCUUUUGUUUUUUCUUUUUUGUCUUUUGUUUUUUGAGUUGUCCCUCUCUCUCUCAGCGCAACUCAGUUGUCUCUCUCUCUCUCUCUCUCAGCGCAACUCAGUUGUCUCUCUCUCUCUCAGCAGCGCAACUCAAUUGUCUCUCUCUCUCUCUCAGCGCAACUCAAUUGUCUCUCUCUCUCUCAGCGCAACUCAAUUGUCUCUCUCUCUCUCUCUCAGCGCAACUCACUUGUCUCUCUCUCUCUCAGUGCAACUCAAUUGUCUCUCUCUCUCUCUCUCUCAGUGCAACUCAAUUGUCUCUCUCUCUCUCUCUCUCAGUGCAACUCAAUUUGUCUCUCUCUCUCUCUCUCAGCGCAACUCAAUUGUCUCUCUCUCUCUCUCAGCGCAACUCAAUUGUCUCUCUCUCUCUCAGCGCAACUCAAUUGUCUCUCUCUCUCAGCGCAACUCAAUUGUCUCUCUCUCUCAGCGCAACUCAAUUGUCUCUCUCUCUCAGCGCAACUCAAUUGUCUCUCUCUCUCAGCGCAACUCAAUUGUCUCUCUCUCAGCACCCAACUCAAUUGUCUCUCUCUCUCAGCGCAACUCAAUUGUCUCUCUCUCAGCGCAACUCAAUUGUCUCUCUCUCAGCGCAACUCAAUUGUCUCUCUCUCUCAGCGCAACUCAAUUGUCUCUCUCUCUCAGCGCAACUCAAUUGUCUCUCUCUCUCAGCGCAACUCAAUUGUCUCUCUCUCUCAGCGCAACUCAAUUGUCUCUCUCUCUCAGCGCAACUCAAUUGUCUCUCUCUCUCAGCGCAACUCAAUUGUCUCUCUCUCAGCGCAACUCAAUUCUCUCUCUCUCUCUCAGCGCAACUCAAUUGUCUCUCUCUCUCUCUCUCAGCGCAACUCAAUUGUCUCUCUCUCUCUCAGCGCAACUCAAUUGUCUCUCUCUCUCAGCGCAACUCAAUUGUCUCUCUCUCUCUCAGCGCAACUCAAUUGUCUCUCUCUCUCUCUCAGCGCAACUCAAUUGUCUCUCUCUCUCUCAGCGCAACUCAAUUGUCUCUCUCUCUCUCUCAAGCUCUCUCAACUCAAUUGUCUCUCUCUCAGCGCAACUCAAUUGUCUCUCUCUCUCAGCGCAACUCAAUUGUCUCUCUCUCUCAGCACCCAACUCAAUUGUCUCUCUCUCUCAGCGCAACUCAAUUGUCUCUCUCUCUCAGCGCAACUCAAUUGUCUCUCUCUCUCAGCACCAACUCAAUUGUCUCUCUCUCUCAGCGCAACUCAAUUGUCUCAUUGUCUCUCUCUCUCUCUCUCAGCCAACUGGUUUGUCUCUCUCUCUCAGCGCAACUCAAUUGUGUCUCUCUCUCUCAGCGCAACUCAAUUGUGUCUCUCUCUCUCAGCGCAACUCAAUUGUGUCUCUCUCUCUCAGCGCAACUCAAUUGUGUCUCUCUCUCUCUCUCUCUCUCAGCGCAACUCAAUUGUGUGUCUCUCUCUCUCUCUCAGCGCAACUCAAUUGUGUCUCUCUCUCUCUCUCAGCGCAACUCAGUUGUCUCUGUCUGUCUGUCUGUCUGUCUGUCUGUCUCUCUCUCUCUCUCUCCGCAGCUCACUUGUAUGUCUCUCUGCCGACAGAGCGCUACUGA